AUGAGAUCGUCGUCUCAAAUUCUCAAUGCAUUGCUAUACUUGUUCUUUAUUGACUGCUUGUUGGUAGAAGUAACCCACCAAAAUGGAGUUAAGAAGAUUUCAACUGUUGCUGAAGGGAUAACUGAUUACGUGCCUCCUCAGUCGAGAGUCGAUUGUGCGCCUGGUCAGGACCGGCCAGAUGAAAUCGCAUGCGAACAGUUAGGCUGUUUGUACGAUGGAGGGGCCUCGGUAAUUUUCACUUUGAACUUGUCAUUAACUGCUUUCAAGAACAGCUUACUUCAGUUCUUUCACUUCUAA